GGUUACCAUACCCGGACACCUUAGUUGUUACUUCAAAAAUUGGUGGAUUGGCUAGCCUUACCACACGCAAAUCCACUUGUGUUGGAUGCAAAACCGUCCUUCUAGACGAGAGUGCUGUAUGCAAAUUUUGCAAGCCGAAAGAAUCCGAGUUCAACGAGAGGGACUUGGCCAACUUUAUGCUCACGAAGAGAAGUUUAAUCGUUUAGGGACAGAAUGUCAACGGGGCCAGGGAAAUCUCAACGAAGAGAUUCUUUAUUCCAACCGAGAUUGCCCCAUCUUUAAUAUGAGGACAAAAGUUAGAAAAGAUCUCACGGAAACAGGAUAAACUUAUGAAAAGAUUCGGCCUACCCUGACAACCUACCGCUCUAAUCAAUGAUGGUGCAUACAGGUAAUGGUUUGGCUUCUGUAAAAUAGAUUGUAAACAAUAAAUUACAUGACUCGUUGUUUAGUAAGUUCCCAUAACCAAAAGAUUUUAAUA